CCGCUAUACUAUCUUCAACGUUGCGAAAACUGUUUUAACAAAUGACAAAACAUCAACAGUUUACAAGACUUGCAACAGAUAGUGAGCCUAAUCUCACGUCACAACCAGCUAUACCUUUACAAGCAAUGACAUCUAGCCAAGCUGCUGCUUCUGAUUCGCUUACUAGUCCCGUAAGUUCUGAUGUAAAUCCUCAUGUAGUCAAUUUUACUACAAUGUCUCCAAUCAGGAGGAGUUCCAUUCCAGGUAUUGGCCCGGAAGAUCAAUGGCCUCUUACCGAGAUUCCACAAGAACUUAGAACAUCAGCCGAUUAUGACACAAAUGCGGCAAAUAAUACAGAAGCUAAUUCAAUGCGAACCGAUUGGAAGAGGAGUUUAUUUCUUUUAUUAGAAGACCCUUCCUCGAGUAACGCUGCUUUUAUGGUGAACGUUUUCGUAUCUUUUUCAAUUAUACUGAGUGCAGUACUUACUACUAUCGAGACGAUACCUUCAUUUAGGUCCACAUCGAGUUCUGUGUGGUUUAAUUUUGAAACGGCCAUUGUUGCUUUCUUCACGUUAGAAUACUUGUUGCGUUUAGUCGCACAUUCAGAUUCAAUACGUCAAUUAUGGCGUUUUGUGAAAGCUCCUCUUGCUCUCAUAGACUUUAUUGCCAUUACACCUUAUUAUAUUGAAUUGAUGUUUCAUCAUGAUACAACCUAUGACUUUCGUUUUACUAUCCUUCGUUUGUUUCGUCUUCUUCGUGUUUUCAAAGCAUUCAAAUAUUCUUCCACGAUCAUCAUGACAAUUGAGGUGAUGAUAGUUGCUGUGAAACGAAGUAUGGAUGCCUUAGGUGCACUGUUUUUCUUCAUGGUGACUAGUAUUGUACUUUUUUCAACUUUAUUAUAUUUUGCAGAACGUGGUACGUGGGAUCAAGAAAAACAAGUAUUUGUUGAUAGUAAAGGAUAUCCUAGCUCUUUUGAUAGUAUUCCAUCAGCAUUUUGGUUUGUUAUGGUUACUAUAACUACUACGGGAUAUGGCGACAUGGUUCCCACAACAUUUAUAGGAAAAUUAAUAGCUUUUCCAGCGAUGAUGUGUGGGAUUCUUCUAAUUGCGUUACCAUCAAUUAUUGUCGGGAGAAAUUUUACAAUAGUAUGGGAGGCAAUGAGACAAUAUCGUCGCUCAACUGGUAACGCUCAGGCAAACAACAACGUAAAUGAGUCUGAAGACGACAGUAGUAGCGGAUAUACUAUGGGUCCUGAUUUGCGAGCAAGUUUUGAAAGUACGCGCUCUUUUGUAUCUCAUGCGCCUCAAGGAUAUUCUUCAAUGAGCGAAGAAUGGGUUGCUAAUCAAGAUACGUUAUUGCAACAAGUAAGAACAUUAAUAAAAUUAUCACAGCAAAAUCAGAUUACAUUAGAUAGAAUUCAACAAGCGUUGGAACAAAACGGAAUUAAAUUAAAUUCAAGCCAGGAAGAAAAAGAGAUGAAUAGCGAUCUUACGAUGCCAGAAAAAAGUGCAACUGGAGGAUCUUGACACAAUAAAUAGUUGAUUGAAUAUUGAUGAUUAAUCCUAAGAUUCAAUGAAAUAUGAAAUACUUUAUCCUUUUUAGCUCAAUAUGAUCAUCAGUAAUCUUUCUGAAAGAAGGAUGAUAUUCCAAUAUACUCUAAUAAAAAGGUAAUGCUGUGUGGAUCCGCGUCGGGAAAUUCGACAUGUAAAUACUGUAACCAGAUAAAUUAUAGUUAACGGUCGGGUUAGAGAUAGGUAUAUUGUUAGUUUUAAGCUCCUUUAAUUAAUUCUUGAUUUAAUCCAGCUGGUGUUUUUUAUUUUAUAAUUAAAAUAUUUAUAAUAUUUUUCUUCUUUAAUAUUUGUAGUAUAAUAUAGGAUAUUGUAUA